UCAUUAAAAUCAUAUAGGAGAAAUGGAUAACGACACAUAUUUAUCCGAGAAACUUGAAAAGUGGAAUAGUAAACUAGCCAAAGGGUUAACUCCGAAUAAUGUGAUCCUCUCUCUGUAUAUUAUUAUAGGACUGGUGGGAAAUUCUGUCGUCAUUCUAAUUUAUGGAUUUAAAAUGAAAGGCAACAAAGAAGAAAGGUAUUUUAUCCCAUUUCUUGCCUUUGCAGAUUUGUGGGCCUCCUUUGUAUGCGGUUCAUUCGGUAUUGCUCUUAACAUGAUGCAAGCCCAGUUUAAUAACACAGAUUUGUGUAAAGCGUGGUGGUUCUUCGCAGCUUUUACAACUUUUUGUUCUCUUUUUAUUCUAUUGAUAAUUGCUGUGCACAGAUAUCGGAAGGUCUGCAAGCCUCUUUGCAAGCAGAUGACAUUAAAGUGGAAAAGAGUUGCGAUGUGUAUUGCGUUAAUAACAGCGUUCACCUUAUCUGUGCCCAUGACUCAUUUUUAUGGUUCCGUACCCUUUCCCAAUGAUGCAGAGGGCAUAACUGGUUUAAGAUGCAGCAGACUGAAGACCGUCAACAAAACUGGGUCUUUGAUUUUUGGAGGAAUUCUAGUCUUGGCAGCUAUAACAAUCAUUAUUACUCUUAUUUGUCUUUAUACCAAGAUAGGAUACACUAUUCUUAAGCAUUUCAAGUAUACGAAGACAAGUAACAACUUUGGGACAGAACACGCCAGUAAGACCGAUCAAUCUCAAGUUGGAGUCUCAAGUAGUGAUAACCCACUGAGUGAUACAGAAAAUGGGACCGAAGACAUCGGACUGUCUAGCAUUCAACCUGCUCCAACUUCUUCUACAGCAACAGGAACGCCCCCUACCAUCGAUACAACACCCACUGUAAGAAAAACAGUUCCCUUCAAGUCCAGUGCAAAGAAAAGAAAGGAGAAAGACAACCGUAAAGUUGUCUACAAAUUCACUCUGAUGUUCAUGCUAAUCACAGUCAUUUUCCUCAUCUGCUAUAUCCCAAAGGUCAUUAUUAUGCUGCUAGAAGCCAGGAAUCCCAAAUUUUGGGAGGAAUUCUCGGACUCCGCUAGAGCUGGGGUCUUGUUUGUGUACAGAAUGUACAUCAUAAACAAUAUUACUAAUCCUUUCAUAUACGCUUUCCUGGACAAUAUGUUUGCAAAACAGAUAAAACAUUUCUUCAGAUUCUGCAGAUGCUAAUGUAACAUUUUAUUGUUGUUCUUUUUCAUUCUUUUCUUGAUAAUGUCGUUUAAGUCUCCGUUUUAUGUCUAGUUUAAUAUUUCUCUGUAGAUAGACAAUAUCCAUGACGACUUACAUUCUAUCUCAAAGGGCAAGUUUUUAUUUUACCAUUUAUUUUCUUUCAGGAAAGAUUCUCAAUUCAGAAAUCAUCAUGUUAAAAAUUAAUAAAAUGAUGUGAAAUAAAUUUAGGACAGAUGAAACAUACCAACAAUGGAUGCCUGGAUAAGCAUAUAUUUUGGGGUCCAUUUUUGUUGCAAAUGAUACAAACAACAACUUUCUUAAUUGCCAAUAACUUUCUUAAAUGUUUAGAAAUUAUAAACCUUCUGUGGUGUUCAAAAUUCUUACUCUCUGCGAUCAUCCUUUUUAAUCUAUACAAGUAGUUUCCUUUCAGAUCCGAACAUUGGGGAAUUUUUGAGAGAAUAAA